GCGCCUUGGUGCUGAAUUGGGGAAGUCUGUUGUAUAUCAAGAGACCAAUGGAGAAACGAGAGUUGAAAUAAAAGAAUCUGUUCGUGGCCAAGAUAUUUUCAUUAUACAGACAAUACCCAGAGAUGUGAAUACAGCUGUGAUGGAGUUGCUCAUCAUGGCUUACGCACUGAAGACUGCCUGUGCCAGGAAUAUUAUUGGGGUCAUCCCCUACUUCCCCUACAGCAAGCAGAGCAAGAUGAGGAAGAGAGGUUCCAUUGUGUGCAAGCUGCUAGCGUCCAUGCUGGCAAAAGCAGGUUUAACUCACAUUAUCACUAUGGAUCUUCAUCAAAAGGAAAUACAAGGCUUUUUCAGCUUUCCCGUGGACAACCUUAGAGCCUCACCUUUCCUGCUUCAGUAUAUCCAGGAAGAAAUUCCAAAUUACAGAAAUGCAGUCAUUGUAGCUAAGUCUCCUGAUGCUGCAAAGAGGGCCCAGUCCUAUGCGGAGAGACUGCGUCUGGGUUUGGCUGUCAUCCACGGGGAAGCUCAGUGCACGGAACUGGACAUGGACGAUGGUCGUCACUCCCCGCCUAUGGUCAAAAAUGCGACUGUGCACCCAGGCCUGGAGUUGCCGUUGAUGAUGGCCAAAGAGAAGCCACCGAUAACUGUAGUUGGAGAUGUUGGAGGCCGCAUCGCAAUCAUCGUGGAUGACAUUAUUGACGACGUGGAGAGUUUUGUUGCUGCCGCGGAGAUCCUGAAAGAGAGAGGCGCCUACAAGAUCUAUGUCAUGGCCACCCACGGCAUCCUGUCUGCAGAGGCCCCCCGCCUGAUUGAGGAAUCCUCCGUAGACGAGGUGGUGGUGACGAAUACUGUCCCUCAUGAGGUUCAGAAGCUGCAGUGUCCCAAGAUAAAGACUGUGGAUAUCAGUUUGAUUCUUUCUGAAGCCAUUCGGAGAAUCCACAACGGAGAGUCCAUGGCCUACCUUUUCCGAAACAUCACUGUGGAUGACUAACUUUGACGAGGGUCUCGACCCUGGACCUCCUGAGGGAAACAUGGAAAAAGCAGUGCCAUGAGUGAUACAGUGUUUCCUUGCAAAGGAGGACUAGAAACAGCCUGGAGUUAGAUAGUCUCUCUUGCCCGGAUUGAUGGGUAGGAAGGAUUAAAAGAGUCAGGAAGAAGACAGAGCUAAUGGAUACAUGUCUUAACAUGGCCUUAAAUCUCUGCUGUCAUCAGCCCUGUUCCUUAAAAGUUCUAGCUGCUUUCCUGAAAAUAAUCUGAAAAUCUUAUUAAUACUAAAGAAGAGUUAAAGGCACAUAAAGUCUCAACUCUAUAAUGUUCAUUUAGUUGUUUCAGCUCCAGGGAAAUGGAGGUAUUGAUGUUGAACCUGGUUAGGGAAGCUGAGCGCCUGUGGCUCUAUUACUAUCCAGUUGGCCUCUUCCAAAUCAACUUCAAGUCUUUAUAUAGAGAAUCGUAUUUUUCUUUCAGAAAUUGUUAUGCCUACAGCCAUUGAAAAAUGAAGCAUUCAUGUUGUUACAUCUUCCAAGGAUGCCAGAUUAGAAAAUAGCAUCCCACCUCUGGGUAUCCGAAUGGCUCUGAAGUUGCAAAUAAAAGAAUGUGUUGUCUU